GUAGGUGGCGGAAGGGGAUUUUUUUUAUUGUUUUCUUUUUUACACGAUUAAUUCUUUAUAGCACCCACCAUCACCUUUUUUUUUCCUUUGAAAAACCCAGAGCUCGUGUGCAACCUCAGGCAGCUUCCACAUCGCUCGAUUUGCCUGGCAAAGCACGGCUGCAUCGCCUCCUUUCUUGUUGCACUGCGGUUGGGAGCUGCUCGGCUCCGGUGCCCUAGGGCGGUCGCUCUGCCCGCCUUGGCUCUUACACUAUGAAAGCAGUGAGUCCCGUGCGGCACCCCAGCAGGAAGGCGCUGGCUAGCGGCUGCUGUUGCGGAGGCGGCGGCGACGGAGGUGGCGGUGGUGGCGAUCUGGCGCUGCACUGCCUGGCCGAGCACGGCUGCUACAAGGGGAGCCCGUCGGCCGGCGAGGAGCCGCCGGCUCUGUGCCUUCAGUGUGAUAUGAAUGACUGUUACAGCCGCCUCAGGAAGCUGGUGCCCACGAUUCCGCCCAACAAGCGGGUCAGCAAAGUGGAGAUCUUGCAGCAUGUCAUCGACUACAUUCUCGACCUGCAGCUGGCCCUGGAGACGCACCCGGCUCUCCUCCGACAGCAGCAGCAGGCGCCCCCGCUGCACCCGGCAAGCUACCCUGCAGGGCCUCCCCGAACCCCACUUACAGCGCUCAACGCCGACCCGGCUGGUACCGUUAAUAAGCAAGGGGACAGUAUUCUGUGCCGCUGAACUGCACUUCCAAGGUGUGCAGCAGGCAGAUCCUGAGCCAGAGAAGCAGAAAGAAAGACACAUUAGAGAGGGAGGGGAAAAAAGAAGUAUCAGCCACUGGGCAAAAGGAAAAAAAAAUUUGUCUCCUCCAGAAUUCUUUCCAUACUUUAGAGAGAGAGAGAGAAUGAGAAAGAGAGCAUUUUUCACCACUUUGCACGUUCAUAGCAUUUUACACAUGUCUCUUAACUCUUGUUUUAGAUCAGAUGUUAAUUGUACUCUUGUCUGGGCGGGAGGGAUUUAAAUCUUCAGUAUAAGUGUGGUUCUUCUGUUGGAUAGAAGAUCAAGGGCAAAUUGGAGUUUAGAGGUAUAACUUUAAUGCGCUGAGCAGCUCCAAUCUGAAGCUUUACUAAUCUACCAGAGGCAUUGUAGAUAACUUUUGUUUUGACAUCUAUUGUUUAAAAUAGAUGAUUUUAUUGUCUCCUGAGGGACUUUCUUCUCCCUGCAGGAGUGUUACAUAUUGUAUAGCUACAAAUAAGUGACAUUUCAUACUAUGUAUAUAGAGAGAGGCUCUAUAAGUGUGAGAAAAGAAAAUGCUUUAAUAGACCUACUGUAAUUAUAAAAUAUUUUUAAUUAAAUAUUUUUUGUAAAUAUUAUAAAGCUGUGUAUGUUUUUUUUAAUCUAUGGGAAUAUUUCUUUAGGGAAAACUGUUUCUGGCUCAACUGCAGAACUGCUAAUAAUGACAAUAUAUUGGAAGUUGAGGGAUGUCUUCCACCCACCCCCAACCCCCUUAGAUUGAGAAGCUACAGCUGUAGAUCGUAUUGGUCCUGCAUGAAUGCAUGAGAUGUCUAACCACAAAUAAACUUGUUCGGAGUCCAUACAGAUGUGUUUUUCUUUAAUCUGAAUUUAAAAGAUGUUUGUACCAUGCGGUUUUGAAAUUACAUUUUUUGUCUGUUUGGCACUGGGGUUUAUAUUAUGGUAUAUGCGAAACAGCAUUGAAAUGUAAGGAUUUUGUUUGUUAUUAACUGAGAUUACUACUUUUUCAGUAUGGAUACAAUGCUGAGAUAUAAUGCGCAUUUAUAAAAUCUUGUGUUGCCUAAAAAAUUCACAAAAUACUGAACAUUUUUGUAACACCUAAGAGGGGAUGCUACCCCAGAAUUUUUAGCCCUGUGGCAAUCUUACCUUGGAAAAACAGUUUUAAAAAUAUUUCUGCUUAUAACCAAAGGGCAAACUAUCAACAAAUGUACAGUUGCUGUUUUCUUUCUUCCAAAGACUAUUGAUACUGAUACUUCAAGGGUAGGGUGGGACAACAGGGAAGAUUUAAGUCGAAUUACUUGUGUAAGACAAUUUCAAAGAACAUGAUGUAGACCAAAAACAAACAAACAAACCACCAGAUGACUGUAUCAAGAUUAUUUUUCUAAUAUACAGCAGCAUUCAUUUCAUUGCAUCUCUGUUUCAUCUGAAAAUCCUGUUCGGUCUCCUAUGUGUAACUUUACAUGUAAACAUUAAACUAGAUUGAUGUGCCUCGU